GUGUUUUGGCGCGCGCCGCAGAUCGACCCGAGCUGACUUGUUUACUGCUGGAAGGGACACACGGAGAGAGACAGGAGUCCAUAUGAGACACAGCGACCAAUUUUACCCACUUUUUUGUCUACUUUCAAGUUGACUGACGCGUCCAUUUCAGGUGUCUGUAAGGGAAACCGGUGUGUUUGUCGGCGCGGGUCGGUUUCAGGUGUCGUGAGGCUGGAAGACUCUCAGUAAGACGCUCACACGUCCAACACUAAGCGCUCCAUUUUGGCUCGGAAAAAAAAACCACAGCAUAGACGGAUUCCCAGCCCCUGGGUGAAUGUGACUCGUUUUGAAACGUUCGGAAACCCGUGUGUGAGGGUGUUGGAGAGGAAAACGUGUGCGUAUCUCAAACCCUACCUGGAGAAUUAAAGACCAACUUGUGUUUGUGGAGGAGCAAAAUACUGCAAGUGCGUGAAACUGCACGAGCUGGGGAUUAACGCCGAUUUAUCCUGGAACAUCCACAAGCUGGGUCAAUAAUUAAUUGGGAUAUUUACAUAACGGAAAAAAUCGUCUGUCUUAUUAAUAAACACAAACUUGUCUGAGGUCAGUAGGAUCGGCGUGUUUUUGAGCAGUAGUGCAGACUCUAACUGGAAUUUCUCGGAGGAACCUGCAGGCCUAGUAAACACAUGUCAGAUUUGUCUGGGCUCAACCCACUACCUGGAUUUUUGCUGUGUGUUUUUGAGAAGGAUGUCCGCGUAACCCGCUGAAAUGAAGCUGUGCAUCCGUGUGCCUUUGUGCAGGAGCUCGAGCUCGCGCCGUGUGAUCGCAGAGUGCAGUGUAGCGCACGAGCAGAAGGCGGAAUAGGUGCACGCGCUGAGGUGAACUCGCUCUCAAGCACCACGCUGGACUUGUGCUCUGUGUCUGAGCCGCAGUGCCUCAACUUUUCCCAACUUCUCACUGGACUGUCUUCAUUUUUGUUUUCUUCUUGAUAAUUGUUGUUCUGUUGUAAAGCUUUGAAGGCACUACAAAUCGGAUUUAAGGAUUUUUUUCUCCCAGAAAAGUAAGAAGAAAGGCGUUUGAAGGCACAAUGCGCCCGGACUCGGUCCUGGCUGUUUUCCUCACUUUUAUCAGCCUCUUGUGGCAUUCUGGAUGUUUAAAUGCUGAAAUCUGCUCCAGCAAAGACAUCCGGAACGAUGUGACCAACCUUCGCUCUCUAGAGAACUGCACAGUGAUCGAGGGUCACCUGAAGAUCCUGCUCAUGUUCAAGACCCGAGCUGAGGACUUCCGUGGCCUGAGCUUCCCCAAGCUGGUGAUGAUCACCGACUACCUGCUGCUGUUCCGCGUCUACGGCCUGGAGAGCCUGAGGGACCUCUUUCCCAACCUCGCUGUCAUCCGCGGCAACAACCUGUUCUUUAACUACGCCUUGGUGAUCUUUGAGAUGCUGCAGCUGAAGGAGGUGGGGCUUCACGGUCUGAUGAACAUAACCCGCGGAGCCGUGCGCAUGGAGAAGAACCCCGACCUCUGCUACCUCUCCACCCUCGACUGGUCCAAGAUCCUUGACUCGGUGGAGGACAACUACAUUGUGGCGAACAAAAACGAGCGAGAGUGCGGCGACAUCUGUCCCGGAACCAUCACUGGAAAGAUCACGUGUGUCCAGACCACCAUCAACGGCAAUUUUGGAGAACGCUGCUGGAACCAGGAUCACUGCCAGAGGAUUUGUCCUGCUGCGUGUAAACAUCAUGCUUGCACCUCGUCCAAUCAGUGCUGCCAUGAUCAGUGUCUGGGCGGGUGCUCGGAGGUGGGCAGUGCCAGGGCGUGUGUGGCGUGUCGUCACUUCCUGCAUGGAGACACAUGCGUGGAGAAAUGUCCUCCCGGUUACUACACCUUUAAAGGGUGGCGCUGCGUCUCCUUCCAGUUCUGUCAGGAUCUUCACAACCACUGCAAACAGACGAAGAGCAAAGACUGUCACCAGUACGUCAUCCACGACGGAGCAUGUAUCCCAGAAUGCCCUUCAGGAUACACCAUCAUGGACUCCAUGUUAAACUGCACUCUGUGCGCUGGUCUCUGUCCUAAGCUGUGUACCGGAGUGCAGACGAUCGACUCGGUGACAGCGGCUCAGGCUUUGCGCGGUUGCACCGUCCUCAACGGCAGCCUCAUCAUAAAGAUCCGCGGUGGCAAUAACAUUGCAGCAGAGCUGGAGGCCAACCUUGGUCAACUGGAGGAGAUCACAGGAAACCUGACCAUCCGCAGGGCUUACGCGCUCGUCUCGCUGUCCUUCCUCCGGAAACUCCGCCUCAUUCGCGGGGAGGGUCUGGAAAACGGGAACUACUCAUUUUACGCGCUGGAUAAUCAGAACUUGCGUCAGCUCUGGGACUGGUCCAAACACAACCUGACCAUCCAGCAGGGCCGCAUGUUCUUCCACUACAACCCCAAACUCUGCCUGUCUGAGAUCCAAAAGAUGGAGGAAGUGACGGGGACCAAAGCACGACAAAUCAAGAACGACAUCGGACCUCGCACCAAUGGGGAUCAGGCCUCCUGUGAAAACCAGCUUCUGAAUUUUACCAGCAUCCGCACGAUGGCCAAACAUAUACUGAUCACGUGGGAGCCAUUUUGGCCUCGUGACUUCAGAGACCUGCUGGGCUUCAUGGUGCUUUAUAAAGAAGCUCCGUAUCAGAACGUGACUGAGUACGAUGGGCAGGAUGCUUGCGGUUCUAACAGUUGGGUGAUCACGGACGUGGAGCCGCCGGAGAGGACAUCAGACACGAAGCGCGACCCCGGCUGUCUCCUGAUGCAGCUGAAGCCGUGGACGCAGUACGCCAUCAUGGUGAAAACGCAGCUGUCUGUCUCUGACGAGCAGCAGGUCCAAGGAGCCAAGAGCAAAAUCAUCUAUGUCCGCACCAGCGCCAGCCGACCCUCUGUGCCUCUGGACCCCAUCUCCUCUUCUAACUCUUCGUCUCAGAUCAUUCUGAAGUGGAAACCUCCCACAGAGCCUAACGGGAACAUCACACACUACCGUGUGUCCUACCAGAAACAAGGGGAGGACAGCGAGCUCUACAAAUUUGACUACUGCCAGAAAGGAAUGAAGCUGCCGUCCCGCACUCCCACAAACCCCAGCCCGGACGUCAAUCUGAAGUGGAAUCAGACUGAGGAUCAGAGUCAGAACGUGAAGUGCUGCAGCUGCCCCAAAACCGAGACGCAGCUGAAGAAGGAGGCCGAGGAGCGCGAGUUCCGCAAGACCUUCGAGAACUACAUCCACAACGAGGUCUUCGAACCCAAAUCGCACCGUCGUCGCCGCUCAGUGGGAGUGGCUAACUCCACUCUCUCCUCCACCCUGACCCCGCCCCCUCAUCUUGCCAAUGGUUCCUCCCCUACUCCGAAGCCAGAGGAGAAGUUGGUGCUGAAGGUCAUUGGUAAAGAAUCGGUAGUCAUCUCAAACCUGCAUCACUUCACCAGCUACCAGAUCGAGAUCCAGGCGUGUAACCACCCAGAGGACCUGGAUUUCUGCAGCGUGGCCACCUUCGUCAGUGCCCGCACCAUGCCCGAGGUCAAAGCAGACAACAUUUUGGGCCGUGUGACUCAUGAGAUCCUCCCUGAAGAACCCGAGUUUGUGUACAUCAAAUGGCAAGAGCCCAAAUCCCCAAACGGCUUGAUCAUCCUGUAUGAGGUCAACUACCAUCGGCUAUCUGAUAAUGAGGAGCUGCAUCACUGUGUAUCGAGGAUCAGUUAUGAGAAGAACGGAGGCUGUAAAUUGAGAGUUGGACAUCCUGGGAAUUACAGUGUCCGAAUCCGAGCCACUUCACUGGCAGGAAACGGAUCCUGGACCGAGUCAGUUUACUUCUUCGUGCCGGACAACUACAUGAAUGUGAAGAUCAUCAUCGGGCCGGUGAUUCUGCUCAUCAUCUCGCUCUUGGUUGGAAGCGCUGUCUGUUUUGUACUCAGGAAGAAGCAAACUGAAGGACCCACGGGCCCCUUAAUCGCCUCAUCUAACCCAGAGUACAUCAGUGCAAACGAUGUGUACAUUCCUGAUGACUGGGAGGUGGCACGUGAGAAGAUCACACUCCUGCGCGAGCUUGGUCAGGGCUCCUUCGGCAUGGUGUAUGAGGGCAUCGCUAAAGAUAUUGUCAAAGGAGAGUCGGAGACACGAGUGGCCGUCAAAACUGUUAACGAAUCUGCAAGUCUGCGUGAGAGGAUUGAGUUCCUCAACGAAGCCUCGGUCAUGAAGGCGUUCAGCUGCCACCAUGUGGUGCGUCUGCUGGGUGUUGUAUCAAAAGGACAGCCAACGUUGGUGGUGAUGGAACUGAUGACACACGGAGAUCUGAAGAGUUACCUGCGCUGCCUCAGACCUGAUGCUGAGAAUAAUCCCGGCCGUCGUCCUCCCACGCUCAGUGACAUGAUCCAAAUGGCUGCAGAGAUCGCAGACGGUAUGGCCUACCUCAACGCAAAGAAGUUUGUGCACAGAGACCUCGCCGCUCGCAACUGCAUGGUGGCCGAGGACCUCACUGUGAAGAUAGGAGAUUUCGGAAUGACCCGGGACAUUUAUGAGACGGAUUAUUAUCGUAAAGGAGGGAAAGGCCUGCUGCCUGUCAGAUGGAUGGCUCCUGAAUCACUGAAGGACGGAGUGUUCACUGCUCACUCAGACUGUUGGUCAUUUGGUGUGGUGCUAUGGGAGAUCAGUACGUUAGCCGAGCAGCCAUAUCAGGGCCUCUCCAAUGAGCAGGUGCUCAAAUUCGUCAUGGAUGGAGGAUAUCUGGAUCGGCCGGAGAACUGUGCUGAGAGGAUGCACAACCUGAUGCAGAUGUGCUGGCAGUACAACCCGAAGAUGCGUCCCACCUUCACUGAGAUUAUUGAGAUGCUGAAGGAUGACCUCCAUCCAUCGUUCCAGGAGCUCUCAUUCUUCUAUAGCGAGGAGAACAAACCUCCCGAAAGUGAGGAGUUCGACAUGGACUUUGAGAACAUGGAGAGCAUCCCGCUGGACCCAUCCUCAUACAACCAGAGGGAGGAAGGGAGCUUCAGCCGAGACAGCGGCCCCUACGACGAGCACGUGCCCUACACGCACAUGAACGGGGGCAAGAAAAAUGGCCGAAUUCUCUCGCUGCCUCGCUCCAGCCCUUCAUAACAUUUCCUCAUCGCGCUGCUCUGUUUUUCUUUAUCUGUUUGUGUUUCUUAGUUUUUAAUUGUAAUAUUUUUUCAGAGGCCCUUAAAACAGAUCUCAGGUCUUUUUUUUUCCUUAUUUUUGGACUUCUUUCCUGCUGUGGCGAUGUGGUUGCAAAAGUCUUUUCUCCAGAUUCAUCCAAAUCGCAGUUUGCUUACAUCUCCUUUUAUUUUGCCAAGUUUCCUGGUCGAUGGAGAAAUAAUUAAAAAACUGUGAAUAUGAACCUCUGAAAACCAGAAGGCUGCUUCAGCUAAACCUCUUUUCCCACUCAGCCUUUAUUUUUCUUGUUUUUUAAAAAAAUAAUUUUCCGAUUUUCAGAUCGUGGCCUUUAAUGAGUGGCCUACAAAACAAAGAGAACAUCCAGUUCCUCUGAACAAUGACUUUGAAGACUGUAUCAGAGGACUUAUGUACGAGGGACGACACAGACUAUUCUAAGAACAAACAUCGUCUUCACGCAAAGGAGGAUUUUACUUCUGGUGGAUCCUUGAUCCUUUUCGCCGAUCCACUCUGGUGUUUGGUGAAUGCGUUUUUAAUUUAUUGGCUUUUUCUUCCUCCUCUUUCUUAGUUUUUGCUCGUAUCCUUUUUUAUGACUGAAGGAUAUUUAAAACAGUUAAGGAUUGGACAGGGGCGUUUCCUCAAGACUGACCAAAAAGCUGCUGCUUUGAUAUCUAUUGGGUAUAAAUAUAUAAUAUAUACAAUAUAUAGAAUAUUGAUGGGAUGUCAAUAUUAUAUAUAAUAGAGGCAACAUUGAAAAUUUUGUACAUAGUUCGUUUUUUUUAUGUCUUCACCAGAUAUAUUUUUCAAUAAUGGUGUCUUUUUAUUUAAAACAUUCACUCUCUCAUUAAACAGAAUCACACACUACUCAACACUCACACAGGAAAAUACUUGUAAUUAGUAACAUAGCAUGUAGGGGGCGCUAAUUAAAGCAGGACAGACAGUGAGACCUCAGAUUUUUAAAAGAUGUAACCCCGUUUUUUAACCAAUAUCUGUUUGUGUUAUUGGUUCAUUUUUGACUCUCUGUGUUUUAGGGUUUAGCUUAAUAUUCAGUUUAUGACGGAAAGUAACUUCAGGGUUUUAACAAUACUUACAAAAAGUCUCUGAAAGAAAUCACAAAAAGUUUUCUGUCAAACACUGCUGUGUUGAAUAUUCAAAAAAAAAAAAAAAAAAAAAAAACAGCAACAAGAUGGCAGCAUCGUAAGAGCACUACAUCCAAAAUCGCUUAAUAGUCCGCCACCCGAGGUACACAAUGCUUUAGAAUACACUGCUAACUAGCUAAACCUUUAGCAGUCGAGCUACUAGCCACUGUGACAAAAGCCACGCCCCAAACAGUACACCAUCGUAGGGUACACAAUAUUAUCAAUACAUGUUAGAUCAUUGUUUAUUAUGUUCACUUUAUUCAUACACCAGCUUAUUACCUCAGACAACAUUUUUUAAGGUUUAGAUGUCAAACAUAGGUACUGAAUCGUAAUAAUGACGCUAUCCUGGUGUGGGAACGUCUCUGAGGACUGUGUGUUGGUCAUGAGGAUGGAUGUUAAAGCAUGAGGUUUGGUUAAAUCAUUCAGCAGACAUCAAGCAGUGAGCUUCCCAGAUUUCUCAAUUUAACCAAGAUGUCACAUAGAGUGUGGGAAAAAUUUGUUGAAGAUGUUUUGGUUUGUCCUUCUUGUGCAGAAAUAGAGGAAGUAUGGAGGACAUUAGAAUAAGUGGCAUCACCUCACCAUGGUUCCAGUUAUCCCUGAAUUUGGACAGAGACUAGAUGCUUGAGAAAAGACUGCUUUUUGUUUUAAGUCACCGGAUGUUGUAAAGCUGUGUUCAGAAGAUUUUAGAAAUGCAUUUAUAUAGUUUGUGUUGGACAUGUCUUUAUUUGUGCUGGUUAAGUAGGUGAUACAGGAUUGAUACACGUAAAGGAAUGGCUAACGUGGUAGAUAAUAACUGGAUCCUAGCAGGAUAUAAAACUAUGGUUUAGCAUUACUGUUCAUCCUCCUAAAUUCCAUAAAUGCCAACAUGGCUAAGAGAAACUAAUAGAGUAUCUAGAAGUUAGACCGACUUUUGGCUUUUGUGCCCUUCUAACUUCCACCAGUGGUAAUGUGGCUAACAAAGCAUUAAGCUAGCAGAGCAUUAAGCCCAGAUAUAAGAAUGACUGAACUUGUAACUUGCAGAAAUGCUAAAAUAUGAUAAUUGAAACUAGCAGCUUUAUUAAAUGCUACCAUAACUAACAAUUAGCAGAGCAUUAAACUCUGAAGUCAGAAUUAACAUUACUACUGAUAGUCAUCAACAAAUAAAUUAAAAAAUGUUAGCAAUCUGAUGCUAGUGUUAACAUCAUUGAUUGAAAUGUAGGCUUUUCUAUCUUGCAGAAUCGAUAACGGAAGCUAGCAGAGCAUAAAUCCCAAAGUCAGAAUUAGCAUUACAGUUGGUAUUCAUGUAAUAGUAACUUCCAGAACUGCUAACGUGGCUAACAGACACUAGGAGAGCAUUAAACCCUGAAGUUAGCAUUACCGUCCGCUUUCAUUAACUUUCACAAAUGCUAAGCUUAGCCGAGGUGUUAAGAAUGCAGAUUUUCUGAUAUUUUAUGAUAUUUCUAACCUUCUCAGUCUACAAUAAUGUAAUAUGUUCAUAAGAAAUCAUAUAAACUCCUCACAGCUUUCUAUAGCCUAUUAUCAUGAAGGUGUGUGGAAUUUUCUUAAACAAGAUGACAUAUCUCUGAUGUUUGACACAUAUUUAUUUUAUUAUAUCCAACCCAGGGUACAUCUUAGUUCAGAUAAAUAGAGAGAAGCAGGUAUUAUUGCUGAACAGGCAGACUCUGUUCAGUAAUGCUAAGUUGAGAAAUUACUAUAUUUUUAAUAGUUUGGACACAGUCUACCUCAGUAAUUUACAGAAUAUAGUCAAGCGGAGGACGUUUUCUCUCUCUUUCUCUCUACAAUGUCUGUUAGUCAGCUAACGACAUUAAGGUGAAGUUCGAUGAUCGUCUGCCACCGCAACUAGAGUUCCUAUCUUUUAUUAUUAAGAUUAAUUUAUCUGUUUGUUUUUUUUUCCAGGGGAAAUGAUUGUUUCAAAUGAUCACAUCACAGUGUAUUUCAUAGAUAAAGCCACUGAAAUGGGACCUAAUUGAAAUGUAAAAAGUUCUAUUCCCACCAGGACACGUCAGAGUUCAUCUUAAAUCAUUCUGUGGUUUUUCGCGUUUGGUAUUUCAAAUAACCUGUUACUGUAAGACAGGGUCUCUAGAAGAGAGUACACUUUAGAUUGAGCGCCCCCUUUUGAAGUUUAGUCUGUAGUGUAUAUGUGAUUACCACUGAUAAUCAUUUCAAUACGUUUCUCUGCACUGAAUAAAGAACAGAAAAUUAGUUUACUCCAGACUCACUUAUAAUGGAAGUCUGGAGUAGCAAAGAAAGCUAACUGCACUAGGUACGUACACUCACCAGGGGCACCAAUGAUCUCUGCUACUUCCUUCCAAGUUUAAAUUCUUUUUUUUUUUUUUUAGUUGUAAUGUCUCUAUACAUGUUUACUGAGAGGUUGUACAUGUUUAAUGACAGGAUUAGAUGAAAUCACGGUUACAAGUUUUUCUUAAAUUUUUCCAAAAUGGGAACUAAUUGCAGGUAGGAACUAAAGUUGUGAGCGGGGAACUGAAUAAACAUCGGACCACACGCAGAAUACGAUUGGUCUGAGGAAUCAUUCGAGCCAAGUGAUUUCUCACUUUACAGCAUCAUCCCCAAUUUGCAAAGAAUUGAGUCUCACUUGUUGCUGAAAUCAUGGCUGCAUGUUGCGCUCCUUUGUCACUUCUUUGUUUGAACGUAGGAUAAGGGUAGGUUUUGUCCGUCAAGGACCAUUUUUGCAAACUAUAUUUUUGUAGAACACAUUUAAAUAGUACAUGUUCAGUCAAAGUUGUUUUAAAUGAAGCUCUAAAUGGUUCCUCUAAAUGGGACUAUUUAUUCAGAGAAGCAGAAAGCUGAAAGUGUAAAGUUACCAGAAGUACUUUUUAGUUUAUUACUGUCACACUGGAGUUUAAUAAAACUCCAUGAGCAGCACUUGGGUGAGACUGUCUUAUAUGUCCAUGACAUCCUGACACCUUUACUGUUCCAGUGUAGCGGCUGUAGUUUGCUUUACAUAGCCACACAUUGAGUUUAUUUAUUUAUAUUCUAUUAGAAGUGAAUUUGGAAUAAAGAUUUCUGAUCUUUUUUCAGUGAAUGGAAAUGUUUAGAAAAUUCUUGUCUGUGGUAAUCACACCUACGCUAUAGAUGUGGUGGAUAGAGAUUAUGUUGAAAAGAGCUGGAGUUUUCCUUUCAUUUUGUGAAAUAAGGAGAAUUUACAUUCAGUGUAACAACCUCAAACAAUACCAGUCAUUUUAUUCACACAUCAAACUUUAAAAAAAAAAAAAAAAACAAACAAAAAAAAAAACCUGUCACAGGACAAACACACACAGAAAUCCAGCAUAAGCUUUUUACGCUCUUGGUUUGUUCUGCUCAUGUCAAAUUAUUUCUCUUGUUUCAACACACUUGUCAUGUCAUGAUGAAAAUAGUUCCCUUUCUUGCGUGAACUGAAUGUGUUUCCUGUUAAAUGUUUUUGUCUGUUGUUUCAUCAAUGUAUUUUUCCUUACUGUGAAAAUGAAAUUUGGGGGAGAUGGACGCUACACGCCUCCCCUUGUGCAUGGGUUAGCUCUUCUAGGACAAUCCUGUGUGCCAAAAAUGUUUUCAUGUUUUAUUUUUCUUUAAACAAAUCUCGGCUUAAGAUGAAUUCUCAGGAAGGCUCGAGCAUGGGAGGCUCAGCUCGCUCCCUCAGCCUCUUGAUCAUGCUAGAAAUUAGUUGUGCUCUUUUUAGUUUUUUCUGGCGGAUUCUAGCGACACAAGUGAAGAGCGUACGUGGCGCGUUGUGUAGCCUAAAGGCCGUUACCCACAGUGCCUUGCACAGACUUCAAACCAAACCCAGCCAUCAGACUCCCCUGGACUUGGAGCGUUCCUCUCAGACGGAGAGAAGAGCCUUGUUUGGGACACUUCCUGGAGUAUUACCCACAUCAAUGGGGUUUUUAAAUGCAUAGUCUGAGAUAAAGGCGAACUUUUAAUGGGUUAAACGUUUUGGUUUUUUGUUUGUUUUUUUUUUUUUCCCUGCUUCUGCUUGGCUCAAUAUUACUGUAUGGGUAUAUGUGAAUGAUGUUCUUGUUUUGGUUUUUUUUCCUUUUUUCCCUUGUGUUUUGUUUUUAAAGCUGAACUUGUCUCUGCUUGGAAUUGCUGUGGCUCUUAUCUUUAACGCAGCAAAGCGAACGAUCAUUUUCCCAUAAACUUUCACUCGGUCCCUCAUUCAUCCCCGGAAUAAGAUCCUAGUGCGGAAGAAAAAAGGGAUAGAAGAGUAUGCUAAGUAGUAAUUGCAACUAUUUAUAGAAAACAUGAUGAAAAAUAAGUCAUACUGUAGAUAGCAGCAGGUUCCCCGCAAACACACAGCACUUAAUUUUAAGUUUAGGAGUUUUUUUUUUUUUUUUUUUUUUUUUUU